AUGUACGAUUUUGAUAAUAAAAAUCAUCGUCCAAGAAACGCAACUACUUUGACUCAACUUCUGAAGUCAAAAUCAAAACUAAAAGGUACACUAUAUUUUGUUAUAGGGCUUCUGUUAAUGUUUAAUAUUUUACCUAGUUUAUUUUGGGCAUCACCUUCAACAUCAUCAAGUAAAUCAGUAAACAAAAAUCUAAACUCCGCAUCUAACGAUGAUUCUAAAGUAGUCAAUUUUUUUAAUUCAGAUGCAAGUCUUUCACAACCGUUUUUAGAUAGAGUUAAUGAAUUCUGGCAUAUUGGUGGUACUACUCAGAUCCGUAACUCCGAGUUUAUUAGAUUGGUUAAAUCUGGUGUACGAAAUUCAAAUGGUGUUGUUAUUUCAAAUGGUAUUGGUGAUAAUAUAAUCGAUGAUUUUGAAAUUACUGUAAAGUUGAGAAUAUCAGAAGAUAAAUUAACAAAGGACUAUAUGUCUUCUGAUAGUACACCUUCUGCAAAUAAUAGAAACGAUGAUACUUCUAUUCAUAAGGGAUUGUCAGGCUUUGCCGUUAUGAUUUCACCAGAAAAUAAUUUCAUAAAGCAAAAUCUUGUAUCAAGUUAUGCUAAACAACAAUAUAUGAUAAAUUCAAAUGGUAUUUUGGGCCAAAACACUUAUCUGAUGGGUGUUCCAAGAAAUUUACCAGGUUUAGCUCUAGUUUAUUUAAAUGAUAUGGCUAAUAAAAAUGAAAAAAUUGAUGUAAUUUUAAAUGCUAAUCCAAGUUUUCAUUGGAAAACUCCUGGUGAAAUCCCAUCAAUAUAUUUAACGAGUUCCAAGUUUAAUUUUGAGCAAUUUUGGAAUGGACAAGAAAAUGAGAAUUAUGGCGAUAAUAAGAAAACUACCAAUAAAAAAGUUUCAAAAAAUAUAACUCUACGUAUUGUUUAUUUUGAAAGUGUUGGAUUCUUGAGAAUUGAUAUUCAAAAUCCAAAUAACCCAAGAGAAUGGGUUGAAAUAGUCAAACAAAAUGGUAAUAUUUAUUUACCAAAGAACUCUGAAAAUGAUCAAAGAUAUAUUAGUAUCAGUGGGUUAAAUACAGAUGCCACUCAAAAUAUUGAUAUUAUUAAUGUUAGAACCGAAGAAUUCCAUUGGAUCUAUGAAAAUAAUAUCAUGCAUCCAAGAGACAAGAAUUACAUUAAUGAAAUUAAAAAAUUCUUAAUUGAAAAAUAUGAUUUUACUCCUGCUCCAGGUACAGUAAAUAUGCAUACUCAGAAUAAUAAUCAAAGAGAUUCAUCAUCUCAAGAAAAUGUCAAUAGAAAUGGUCCUGAUCCACGUUCACAUCCAAAAGAAAGAAAUUGGUUUGUCAGUUUAAUCUUUAAUAUCCUAAAAUACAUUUUUUUCCUUUCGUUAUUAGUUGCUCUAUAUUUCACAUCGCUUUAUCUAAGAGUUAGCAUGAAACACUGGAAGUGGAUCCAAACCAGAAAGCAUAGAGGCAGUCACGUUUUGCCAGCAUAA